AUCGGAAGAGAAUCAGUGGUGAGACUUUUUUUACUGUUGUUUAUGUUUAAAUGCAAAUUUUUAAAUUACAUUUCAGUUCUAUCCCUAGCUUUUAGCUUAUUAAUUAGAGAGAAAAUUGAUUUUACUGUAUUAGUUAUGGGUAAAAAUAAGGGUAAAAAAUUAAGAAAAUACCAAAAACCUUAUAUAUAUAAUGAUUAUCCUAUAAUAUAGAAAGUUAAUAAAAAUCUAAAAUGUGAAUCAAAAUUUUAAAACCUAACAUAUAUUCUUCGAUUAGUGAAGGAAAAGUUUAUGUUCAACGUCCACAUUAGCCAAUAUAUGUUUUUUUAACAAUAACUCAUAGUCAUAUUAGUGAGACAUGUUUUGUUAUGUCCUUAAAUAAUUAGCUUUUCGUCUCUAUCAUUAAGAUUUUGUUCUUCUUCGAUAUCUUCUCUUGUGACAUGUUUUUGACAUUUUGCUGUGUCCUUAAUUAUUGUGAAUUAUUGGCUCUCUUCUCUUGAUCAAUUAAAAAUUAAUCCGAUCACGUGUGCUUUAGUAAUAUAUCAAAUAAAUCAACUCAUCAAACUUCAUAUAAGGGUGUCUAUACUUCUUUUUGAGUUCUUGAAUAUUUUGUUCCGUUGUUUUGUUUUGUUACAUUUAUAAUUUGGGAAACGAAAUGGAUUCAAAGUUCCAUGCUUUUAUGUUCCCAUGGUUUUCUUUUGGCCAUAUGAUUCCUUUUCUACAUCUUGCAAACAAACUAGCUGAGAAAGGUCACCGGGUCACUUUCUUGGUACCCAAGAAAGCUCAAAAACAGUUGGAACCUCAUAACCUGUUCCCAGAGAGUAUUGUCUUUCACCCUCUCACAGUGCCUCAUGUCGAUGGCCUCCCUGUCGGUGCCGAGACAACCUCGGAUAUCUCAAUCUCAAUGGACAACUUGUUGUCUGAAGCCUUCGAUCUUACUCGUGAUCAGGUUGAAGCUGCGGUUCGUACUUUAAAACCAGACUUGAUCUUCUUCGAUUUUGCUCACUGGAUUCCAGAAUUGGCUAAACAACAUAUGAUCAAGAAUGUUAGUUACAUGAUAGUAUCUGCAACAGCUAUAGCUCAUACACUUGUCCCUGGUGGUGCAUUAGGUGUUCCCCCACCGGGUUAUCCUUCAUCUAAGGUGUUGUUUCGUGAAAACGAUGCUCAUACCUUAGUAACUUUGUCGAUCUUUUACGAGAGACUUUAUCAUCAGCUUACUACAGGUCUUAAGAGCUGUGAUGUCAUUGCACUUAGGACAUGCAACGAAAUAGAAGACACAAGUAAACCACUAGAAGAACAUUGGAGCCAAUUUCUGAGAAAGUUCCCACCGGGCUCAGUAGUGUUUUGUGCACUUGGAAGCCAAAUCGUUCUUGAAAAGGAUCAAUUCCAAGAACUCUGUUUAGGGAUGGAGUUGACAGGUUUACCGUUUCUUAUAGCAGUAAAGCCACCGAGAGGCUCAUCGACGGUCCAAGAAGCUUUACCAGAAGGGUUCGAGGAGCGCGUGAAGGAGCGUGGUGUGGUAUGGGGGGGAUGGGUGCAGCAGCCUUUGAUAUUGUCUCAUCCAUCAGUAGGCUGCUUCGUGAGCCAUUGCGGUCCGGGAGCAAUAUGGGAGUGCCUGAUGAAUGAUGUUCAAAUGGCUUUUAUUCCAUUUUUAGGUGAUCAAGUUCUCUUCACAAGAUUGAUGACCGAGGAGUUCCAAGUCUCUGUAGAAGUGUUGAGGGAGAAAACUGGAUGGUUUUCAAAGGAGAGCUCGAGAGAUGCGAUCAAGUCUGUGAUGGAUAAAGAUAGUGAACUUGGGAAGCUAGUGAGGAGUAACCACACCAAACUGAAGGAGGUACUUGUUAGUCCUGGACUAUUGGAUGGUUACGUGGAUAACUUUGUGGAGGCAUUGGUUGAUUUGAUCAAUGUUUAGAAACAUGAUUAAAUCUAAUAUUAUAUGCUUUGUAAGAUUGGGGAGACAAGAGUUCAGAGUUCUUCUUGACUCAAACUUUUAUUUUAUGAUGAAUAUUUUUUUUUUUU